UGGGCCGCAAUAAUCCGUUCAGCAUCGAUUCUCUCAUGUCAGAACACACCAGCGAAUAUUUACCACAGCUUAUGCCCGUCGGGCAACGGACGAUGGGGGCAUUGGACUGUUGUUACGAUUGGACCCCUGUGACGACGAACUGUUUUUCUGGAAAUACCAUGAAGGAAAUGGAAGCCUGUUUGCUGUCAGCUGCGAAGGAGCGGCCCAGUCUCGUCGACACCUACCGGAGCACCUACGGCUCGUACCUGGGCGAGUGCUGCGACCAGGGCAGAGGCGACCUGAGCAGCGACGACGGGCUGAAGGGCUCCAGCCCCGGCAUAGACUGCGACCUGCAGAAGAAGCCCUUGCACCCGAAGCUAUCGAACGUGGGAGGGACGCUCGAGACCAAGUCGUUAUGGGACGAAUUCAACGAGCUGGGCACGGAGAUGAUCGUCACCAAAGCUGGCAGAAGGAUGUUUCCAACGUUUCAAGUAAAAAUUUAUGGCAUGGACCCAAUAGCAGAUUAUAUUCUAAUGAUGGAUUUUGUACCUGUUGACGACAAGAGGUACCGGUACGCCUUCCACAGCUCCAGUUGGGUUGUAGCUGGAAAAGCUGACCCGAAUAUGCCUCCCAGAAUGCACGUCCAUCCAGACUCCCCUGCGAAAGGUACUCAGUGGAUGAAACAGGUAGUUUCAUUCGACAAACUCAAACUCACCAACAACCAGAUGGAUGACAACGGACAUAUCAUUUUAAAUUCCAUGCAUCGGUAUCAACCCAGGUUUCAUGUUGUGUAUGUAAACCCAAAAGGAGAGGAUUCCAGUCAAACGCAGAACUUCAAGACCUUCGUCUUUCCAGAAACAAAAUUUACAGCUGUUACAGCAUAUCAAAACCAUAGGAUAACGCAGCUGAAAAUUGCUAGUAAUCCAUUCGCCAAAGGGUUUCGAGACUGUGAUCCUGAGGAAUGGGCACUUCCGGCUGGACUCGCAGAGAUGCUUGCUCAUGUUCCUCCUUCACAAAGAGCAAGAAAUCAACAUAGGCCCAGUUCACUUCAGUUACUUAGUGUAGGACAGUCACCAACAUUUGGAAAAAUAGAGAAAGAUGAAGAAGUGGAUCAACUUUCCAACUCCCUAUUUCCUCGAGUUCUCGGUAACAACAUUCAUGUAGCAAAUCAACAAGCAUGCACAAUUUCACAACCUUACCAUGCAGAUGUCUGCACGUAUGCACCCACGUAUGACAACUACCUUUACCCAAUGAAAUCUCGCACAACUCCAUAUUCCAGACCGACUAUCGCGCCCUACACGGGAUAUAGUGGAACACAAGGUUACAGUACUUUAUAUUCACCCGCUAGACCAAAGCAAACUUCUCAUGAUUUCAGUCCCAGGUGAAAAAUGGUUGUGUGCCUUAAACUUCACUUUGCUCAUGAACUACGGAAAAUAGUGAGAAAUUUCUAUGCACGGUUUCUGAAACGAGAUCUGAUGAAAUUAUUGCAAUGUAAAUGUAUGAUGAAACAUCUACGUGGAGUAAAAAGAUUCUGUUUAUAUUAUUUUGUACAGUAUGUCU